UUAAGAGUGGCAGGUGCCAUGCAGAAGAGCACAGAGGUCAUGAAGGCCAUGAACAGCCUGGUUAAAAUCCCAGAGAUUCAAGCCACCAUGACAGAACUCUCAAAAGAGAUGAUGAAGGCUGGAAUCAUAGAGGAGAUGCUGGAGGAUACACUGGAAGGGAUGGAUGAUGAGGAGGAAAUGGUAGAAGCAGCAGAGGCUGAGGUUGAUAAGAUCCUCUUUGAGAUUACAGCUGGUAAGGAACCACAUAACCAUCACCCACACU